GAAUUUUCUUCUGCGCAUUAAUUUACGUGACGUGAACAGGCUGGGAGGCGGUGGGCUAGCUAACAGCUGUGUGUCGUGGGCUCAAACACGCUCUCCCGCCGAGAAAAACCAGCAUACGAUAUGUCAAAACAGAAGGCCAUGUUUAUACAAACACGGCAGAUCCAGCUCUUCGAGAGAAUCUUCAAAUACCAGGGUAGAUCUACCAGAAACCUCCACACAGGAUGCAACGAUGAGGCCGCUCUCCUUCCAUGCGGCUCAAUCCAGCAGUGAUGGUUCAAAAACACCCACAGUCCAAUGCAGAGCCUGGAAAAGAUCUGAAAAUGAAAGACUUGAAGAAGUACCCAGACUUUGGUACAGUAUUUCUCUUCACACAUGAGCCAAAUAUGGAGGAAGCACAGUGCGAUGAAGAGGAGGUAAGGGAUGAAGACAUUAAGGCACCAUUGGAGCUGAUAAUGAAGUUCCUCAGAGCUGUGAUGGACAAAGACUUGCAGCUGGCCUGCACACUGUGUCGGAUGAUUCUCAUCUAUGAACCAGACCAUCCUGAGGCCUCUGAGUUUCUCCCGCUGUUCCAGAAGAAGCUCUCACAGGAGCAAGAGGCAGUGCAAAGCACUGAGGAGGAAGAGGCUGAUGGGGAUAAUGAAGCUGAGGUACCAUCUCCAAGCUCAAGCUCAUCAUCAGAUGAUGAUGAUGAUGAUGAUGAUGAAGAAAAGCAAGUAAACAGAGUCAAGCCUUGUCCUCUUUCUCACAUUCAUGCUUAGUCAUUGUACCAAUACAACCGAGGCAAUGUUAGUCACUCUCAAUCUUGUUACUCCUGGACAAUUGUAUAUAUUUGAAUCUACUAAGCUACCCUUUCUUUGUGCAUUUUGUAAAAGUUGUGACGAUUAGUUUGUAUUUUCAUAUUUUAACUGCAAAUAAAAUAUUUAAAGUGAACAACCUAUAAUCUUGUUAAAGCUAAACAUUAUUUUUCCAACAGAGCCCCAUCCACUAGUCUACAUUUUUUACUGUAGGCAUUAACAGAACUAGUGAAGGGGCGUGCACAAGUCCAGGCUCCCAAUACACUGAGAAACACUCCAUUGACUCUGUUUGAUGCGCUGCUAAGCAAGGAAUUGUUUUAUUUGUAUGCUGUUGUUGAAUAACUAUUAGUAGCUCAUGAUUGCUACAGUUACAGCAAAUGUAAUCAACAUAUAAUUCAAACUUUUCUAACUUUUUGAUAAGUGUGCAACACUUUGGUGACCCAAAAAACCAAAAGCGAUGCCCUAUGCCUCCUCUCCUGUCACACCGUAGCAUAAAUUGAUAUUAGUUCAUAUAUUAUACAUCACAUGCAGGGAGAAAAAUAC